AUGGCUAAAAUCAAGGAAUUGAAGUUUGAAUUGUUCUCCCAACCAGCAUAUUCACCAGAUUUAGCCCACAGCGACUUUCAUUUGUUUCUUAACCUUAAAAAAUGGCUUGGAGGUAAAAAAUUUGAGACCAACGAGGAAGUCAUCGAUGCUGUAAAUGAGUAUUUUGAGGGACUUGACAUAUCGGACUAUAAAAAUGAUAUCACUGCAUUAGAGCACCGUUAUGAAAAAUGCAUGUCCUGCGUUCUGAUCUGCAGGUUAUUUUGGACCGUCAUGUUAGCAUUCAUAGAAUACUGUCAUUAUUAUUACUUUGUGGAGCAUAUGUACACCGCCGACUUCAUCGAUCUGGUGGACUGCAUAUGCGGAUUUCUGGCAUACGGCAAAGUGUUCAUAAAGAUUAUCUUGUUUUGGUUGAAUCAACAAAACGUCAUCAAGAUCAUGUCGAUAAUGGCAGACGAUUGGGACGAUUGUGCCAAGAGCGAUAUCGGGCUUCGAGAGACGGAAUACAAAGCGAAAAUCUCAGAUUGCCUUAUAAAUUUUGUAGUCAUGCUUCACGCGAUGGAGACCUGCGCAUGUUGUUCUAGCACUAUGCUCAAAAUCCUUCAAGUCACCAAUCGCACGGAGGAGCUGACUUAUAUGCACAAGUUCGAUAUGCCCUUCGACGUUAACACGCAACUCAUGUACAGAAGCAUAUUAUUCUCAGAAUUCAUCGCUGCGAUGACAAUCAGCUGUGUAGCUGGUGCGACGAACAUAUUGGUGUUGAGUCUGACAUUACACGCCGCCGGCCAAAUGGACGUUCUUCGUAACUGGUUCACGCAACUUGUACCCCUUGCAAAUGAGAAUAAACAUAAAUCCACCGUUAUUAUGCUAAAACGGAUCGUACGAAAACAUCAGAAAAUCAUUGAUUUUUCGGAAACCAUUGAAAGUCUCUACUCGCUGAUCGCGUUCAUGCAGUUCACGUCGAACAUGAUAAUGAUUUGUUCAUUGGGUUUUGUGAUCGUAACGUCAAUCGGUGGUCCCGACGUGGUAGAAAUGAUAGUGAGGUCCCUGUUGUUCUUCACCAUAACGAAUCUCGAAGCGUUUAUAUUUUGCUUCGCAGGGGAAUAUCUAAACAAUAAGAGCAAAUCCGUCGGCAUCGCAGCUUAUAACACCCCUUGGUACAAUUUGAAACCCAGUGACGGCCGAGUUUUGUUAAUUAUCAUAUUACGAUCGCAGAAGCAACUGACGCUCACAGCAGGAAAGAUGGUGGAUCUCUCCCUAGAAUCCUUCGCGAGUAUCAUGAAAGCCUCUGGAUCAUACUUGUCGGUGCUGUUGGCGAUGCAAUGA